UGCCGGUGCGCGCCCUCUGCGGAUUGGCCGGACUGCAAAGAAGUCGCACUUUGAUUGGGCCGCUGUCAGGUGUCGCUGCCGGCAGGUUCGGCUGCGCGAGCAGAGGGAGGCGGGAAUCAACAGCAGCCUUCACUGAAGAACCGCCUCUUCUGCUUGCUGCCCGGAGUUAACAUUGUUUCCUGCUGGCAGAAUCAGGGACAUGCCAGCACUAGCGGGAUGAGUGGGUGUUCCGGCGGGGAUGUGGUCAUUGACGGCCAAUGAGGACGAGAGCACUGCUACGGCCCACUUCUUCCUUGGAGCUGGAGAUGAGGGCUUGGGCACCUGUGGAAUAGGCAUGAGGACGGAAGAGAGUGACACUGAGCUCCUUGAGGAUGAGGAGGAUGAAGUGCCUCCAGAACCUCAAAUUAUUGUUGGCAUCUGUGCCAUGACCAAGAAAUCCAAGUCCAAGCCAAUGACCCAGAUCCUAGAGCGACUCUGCAGAUUUGACUACCUGACUGUUGUCAUCCUGGGCGAAGACGUGAUCCUCAAUGAGCCUGUGGAGAACUGGCCGUCCUGCCACUGUCUUAUUUCCUUCCACUCCAAAGGCUUUCCUCUGGACAAAGCUGUUGCUUACUCCAAGCUUCGAAAUCCCUUCCUUAUCAAUGAUUUGGCCAUGCAGUAUUACAUACAAGACAGGAGGGAGGUGUACCGGAUCCUGCAGGAGGAGGGUAUUGAUCUGCCGAGAUAUGCUGUGCUCAACCGUGACCCCGCCUGUCCUGAGGAGUGCAACCUGAUAGAAGGUGAAGACCAGGUGGAAGUGAAUGGAGCUGUGUUCCCCAAGCCCUUUGUGGAGAAGCCAGUGAGUGCAGAGGACCACAACGUCUACAUCUACUACCCCAGCUCAGCCGGAGGAGGGAGCCAACGCCUCUUCCGCAAGAUUGGCAGCCGGAGCAGCGUUUACUCUCCUGAGAGCAGUGUCCGGAAGACAGGAUCAUAUAUCUACGAGGAGUUCAUGCCAACAGACGGCACAGACGUUAAGGUGUACACAGUGGGGCCAGACUAUGCCCAUGCCGAAGCUAGAAAAUCUCCAGCUUUGGAUGGGAAGGUCGAGCGAGACAGUGAGGGCAAAGAGGUUCGCUAUCCCGUCAUGUUGACCGCCAUGGAGAAGCUGGUGGCCAGGAAGGUCUGCGUGGCUUUCAAGCAAACAGUUUGUGGAUUUGACCUUCUUCGUGCCAACGGUCACUCCUUUGUGUGCGAUGUCAAUGGCUUUAGCUUUGUCAAGAACUCGAUGAAAUACUAUGAUGACUGUGCUAAGAUUCUGGGGAACACCAUUAUGCGAGAGCUUGCCCCACAGUUCCAGAUACCGUGGUCCAUCCCCACAGAAGCUGAGGACAUUCCCAUUGUCCCUACCACAUCUGGCACUAUGAUGGAACUCCGUUGUGUCAUUGCAAUUAUCCGUCAUGGAGAUCGAACUCCAAAGCAGAAGAUGAAGAUGGAAGUGACACACCCAAGGUUUUUUGCUCUGUUUGAAAAACAUGGUGGAUAUAAGACAGGAAAAUUAAAACUUAAGCGACCGGAGCAGCUCCAGGAGGUGCUGGACAUUACCAGGCUGCUGCUGGCUGAGCUGGAGAAGGAGCCAGGAGCUGAGAUUGAGGAGAAGACUGGGAAGCUAGAGCAGCUGAAGGCCGUGCUGGAGAUGUAUGGUCACUUCUCAGGUAUUAACCGGAAGGUGCAGUUGACUUACUACCCCCAUGGAGUGAAAGCUUCCAAUGAGGGACAAGAUCUGCAGAGAGAGGCCCUGGCACCAUCUCUCUUGCUGGUGCUGAAGUGGGGUGGAGAGCUGACACCUGAUGGCCGUGUUCAGGCUGAGGAGCUGGGGCGCGCUUUCCGCUGUAUGUACCCAGGAGGCCAGGGUGACUAUGCUGGCUUCCCCGGCUGCGGGCUGCUUCGUCUCCAUAGCACUUUCCGUCAUGACCUCAAGAUCUACGCAUCUGACGAGGGCCGUGUCCAGAUGACAGCUGCUGCCUUUGCGAAGGGCCUCUUAGCUCUCGAAGGGGAGCUUACCCCGAUUCUGGUACAAAUGGUGAAGAGCGCCAACAUGAAUGGCCUGCUGGACAGCGACAGUGACUCCCUGAGCAGCUGCCAGCACCGUGUGAAGGCUCGGCUGCACCAGAUCCUGCAGCGGGACGCUCCCUUUGGCCCUGAGGACUAUGACCAGCUAGCUCCCACUGGAAGCACGUCUCUGCUGAACUCCAUGUCCGUAAUCCAGAAUCCUGUGAAAGUCUGCGAUCAGGUAUUUGCCCUGAUUGAAAACCUUACCCACCAGAUUCAGGAGCGGAUGCUGGACCCCGGCUCUGUAGACCUGCAGCUCUACCACAGUGAGACCCUAGAGCUCAUGCUACAGCGCUGGAGCAAACUAGAGCGCGACUUCCGUCAAAAGAGCGGGCGCUAUGACAUCAGCAAGAUCCCGGAUAUCUAUGACUGUGUCAAGUACGACGUCCAGCACAAUGGGAGUCUGGGACUUCAAGGCACAGCCGAGUUACUACGUCUCUCAAAAGCUCUGGCUGAUGUGGUCAUUCCCCAGGAGUAUGGGAUCAGUCGAGAGGAGAAGAUGGAAAUUGCUGUGGGCUUCUGUCUUCCACUCCUGCGGAAAAUCCUACUUGAUCUGCAGAGAACCCACGAGGACGAGUCUGUCAACAAGCUGCAUCCUCUGUACUCACGUGGGGUGCUUUCCCCAGGCCGCCACGUGCGAACACGGCUGUAUUUCACCAGUGAGAGUCAUGUUCACUCCCUGCUUAGUGUCUUCCGCUAUGGGGGACUCCUCGAUGAGGCCCAGGAUGCACAGUGGCAGCGAGCUUUGGCUUAUCUUAGUGCCAUCUCCGAGCUUAACUACAUGACCCAGAUUGUCAUCAUGCUCUACGAGGACAACACGCGGGACCCGUUGUCAGAGGAGCGGUUCCACGUGGAGCUGCAUUUCAGCCCUGGAGUGAAAGGUGUUGAAGAAGGCAGCGCCCCCGCUGGCUUUGGAUUCCGUCCAGCCUCUUCUGAGAAUGAGGAGAUGAAAACAGAUCAAGGCAGCAUAGAGAACCUAUGCCCAGGGAAGGCAUCAGAUGAACCAGACCGAGCAUUGCAGACCUCACCCCAACCUGUCGAGGGCACUGGCCUUCCAAGAAGAUCACCUCUCAUUCGUAAUCGAAAAGCUGGCUCCAUGGAGGUGCUGUCUGAAACUUCAUCCUCAAGACCCGGGGGCUACCGGCUAUUUUCCUCUUCUCGGCCACCAGCAGAGAUGAAGCAGAGCGGCCUCGGCUCCCAGUGCACAGGGCUGUUCAGCACUACAGUGCUGGGUGGCUCCUCCAGCGCCCCGAAUCUUCAGGACUACGCCCGCAGCCAUGGCAAAAAGCUCCCACCUGCCAGUCUAAAGCACCGAGAUGAGCUCUUGUUUGUCCCGGCCGUAAAACGAUUUUCUGUGUCGUUUGCAAAGCAUCCGACUAACGAGCUGCUGGAUGACCAGCACCCUGUGGUCCGGUUGCUGCGCACUUUUUCCUCUGACUGCCCAAGGGGCUGGCCAGUCUCCUUGGAUGCCACGCUGGCGCACCACCUGCACCAGUGCUCCUACCACCUGCGCCUCUUCCGGAACUGGCUGCGCUCAGGCCAGGAUGACCCCGAGUGCCUCUACGGAUUUGAAGGGUGCUCCAUGGUACCUACCAUCUACCCCCUGGAAACACUGCACAAUGCCCUUUCCUUGCGGCAAGUGAGUGAGUUCUUAACUAAAGUCUGCCAGCGCCACACUGAUGCCCAUGCACAGGCGUCUGCAGCCCUCUUUGACUCUAUGCACAGCAAGCAGGCCUCAGACAGCCCAUUCCCCCCACCCCGGGCUCUUCACUCGCCACCCCUGCAACUUCCACUUCGUUCUGAAAAGCCACCUUGGUACAGCAGUGGUCCUUCCAGCACUGUGUCCAGUGCUGGUCCUUCCUCUCCUACAGCAGUGGAUGGAAACUCACAUUUUGGCUUCAGUGAUCAGUCCUGUGUAAAUACACACAUGACAGGAGAAAACCAAGGCCUUGGGCUGCUCCAGGAGACUGCUGGAGAUGGAACAGAAGAGUUCUCCAUAGAAAGACAGCCAAAGCUUGCUGAACCACAUCAGUCCCCUCAAGAGACACCUGUGGAAAUCUGCCCUCUAGGAGGCCAGGGUAUCACUGAGGAGGUCAUCGAGACAAGCCAGGAGGUCCCAGACAUCACCCAGCCAUGCCAUGACACCCUUGAGGAGGUUGGCCAGCGUAACCAGGAGGUCCCAGACAUCAGCCAGCUGUUGCUGAAAAACCAUGACCCUGCUACCAACUCAUGUCAGCCAUGCCGGGAACUCUCUCAGAAAGUUUAUGAGGAAGUUUGCGAGCUUUGUCAAGACAAUCCUGAAGAGAGUAACCAGCUCUACCAGGAAGUCUCAGUAGAGCUGGGCAGGAUGGUCCAUGGAUUCUCUGUAAGCGUUGGUAGAACCAUCCAGGAAACCCUUAUGGAAAUUGGCAGGCCAACCCCAGAGAUCCCCAAAGAAAUUAGCCCGCCAUGCGAGGAGUUCUCUGUGGAGGUUGGCAUGCUGGCUCAGGAGGACCCAGCUAUCACAGAGUUAUCUCAAGACAUCCUUGAGGCCAACAAACCCUCCCAAGAGCUCACUGAGGAGGCUGAUCUGCAGGCUCAGGAGGUCUCUGAGGAGAUUGAUCAGGAUUCUGGGGUGGUCCCUGAGGUGGUUGACGAGCUGCCUAGUGAAGCUAUCCCCCAAAUUCAGUAUCUGUCUAGUGAUAUAAACACUGAAAGCCAGUCUCUGGCCCACGACCAGCACUCACCGCUUCCACCAGCAACAUGUAAUUAGUCGCUUUCUCCUUGGUGUCACACUCUGUCAGCCAUUUAAGCCAG